AUGAAGUCCAGCAGGUUAUGCAUGCGUUGGCUGCGCUACUACAAUGUCUGGAUGGAUGGCCCGUUCGAAUAUCUAGAACCGCACUUUGUGGAAUCCAAAACUGAGGAAUUCCUGAAGGAGUUCCAAAAGACCCAGAAGUAUUACCGGAAUCGCAUUAAGGCGGACAUGCUCGAGAAUACACUUUGCAAAUUCAAGGGCCAAACGGAAGAUCCGGAUCCGGAGAAGCAUCCGUGCCCGCUAAAGCUGUGUGCACGGAUGGCACAAUCCAUCAAGGAUUUUCACCUGGGUGUUUACAUCGUCAAAAUCAUGUGUAAUCCGGCGCUGAAGGAUCGCCAUUGGGACGAGAUGUCGGAGAUAGCCGGAUUCGACCUAACGCCGGAUGCCGGAACUACUCUGCGCAAAAUUAUCAACCAUCAGUUGGACAAAGAUUUGGAUAAGUUUGAAAUCAUCAGCAUCGGCGCGAACAAGGAGCUCCAGUUGCAGAAAAACCUGGCGUCGAUGAUCAGAGAGUGGGAGACCAUCGAGUUCAAGUUGAAUCCCUUCAAAGAGACCGGUUUGAAUAUUUUGUCCGGACUGGAUGAGAUACAGGCGGUGUUGGACGACCACAUUAUCAAGACAUUGGCAAUGCGCGGGUCGGCUUUCGUAAAACCGUGCGAGAAGGAAGUUAAGGAAUGGUACAAAACUCUCACUCGCGUGAACAAAACCAUUGAACAGUGGGGAAAGGUGCAGAGCACGUGGCUGUAUUUGCUUCCAAUAUUCUCAUCGGCGGAUAUUGUAGCCCAAAUGCCGAACGAGAGCAGAAUGUUUCAACAGGUGGACAAAACCUACCGGAUGUACAUGAAGAUUGUCGAGGCAAACCGUUCGGUGAUGAAUGUGGCGGCGGCCAAAGGUGUUCUGGAAGCUCUUGAAGAAACCAAAGAACUCAUGGAAGAGAUCACCAAUGGCGUUAACGAAUACCUGGAGAAAAAGCGGUUGUAUUUCCCAAGAUUUUUCUUCCUAUCGAACGAUGAAAUGCUGGAGAUUCUAUGGGAAACAAAAGAUCCACUCAGGGCGUUAGACAUUCGGUCGAUGUUCAGCAUUGAAAAGGAGCAGGUUCAGUUUGUGGAGAAAGUGUCCACUUCGGAAGCUCGCAGAAGUGUGGAGAAAUGGUUGCUUCGAGUGGAGGAAGAGAUGUUGCGGGCAGUAUUCCACGAAAUGCGAGAGAGCUACGUGGCGUACAAGGAUAAACCACGACACUCCUGGGUACUGGAUUAG